AUGAAGGUGGUUGCGACGGUGAAGCCAGUUGCGACGGUGCCGGUUGCGACGGUGAAGGCAGUUGCGAUGGGGAAGCCAGUUGCGAUGGGGAAUGACCGGUUGCCGUUUGAGUCAAUACUCUGUCUAAUGGUGGACGAUACUUCGCCCUUUCUGGAGGUGUUCUGUGAGAUUUCUGGUAAGAACUAUCGCUUCACGUCUGGGACGAAGGCGGAAUUUGCUGUCUUCGUAAUCAAUAGGAAACUUGGUCCGUUGAGAUCCCGAGUGAUUUACAUCGAAGCGGUGAAGGAAGGUGAAGAGCCCAUCAGUUUUGGGGAUGGUGCCUCUCUUGUGGAUUAUGGACAUGGUUGGAAGUUGAAGACAGUGAUUGACGCUGACUUUCCUGGUAAUUUGACUUCUUUUCGGUUUCAGGAUUUGAGUCUGAGAACAUGUUUUAAUGAAUUGAGAAAAAGGAAGCUUUUCAGCGGCAUCUACCGCGAAAGUUUCCUUCACUAUUAUCAACGAAAUGCUUCUCGACGCGUUUGUGGGUUUGCUUUGCAGGGCUCCGAAGAUUCAAAGUCCACGAGGGAAUCGAAACCAGAAGUAGAAGGAGAUCAAAGUCUGAAAUACAUUUGGAGAAUAAUGAUUGCAUUUGUUCUCAUGUUUAUCCUUGGUGGCCUCUUCACAGUGGCUCUUGAGAACCUUCCUAGAUUUAUAUUGCUCUUUAACAACCCGUCCAUGUAA